UCUAAAUCGCUCUUUGAGAAAGGAACGACACGCUUCGCUUUCCCGUAAAGAUUCAAUACUUGUAUAUUCUAUAUCAACAGGAACUAUUUGAGACAAAAUUUCAAUGAAUAUACAUCUUUACAAAGUAAGGCAUUCUGCAAGCAAACAAAAUUACGGUAACAAAUUAAAAAGUAACCGAGGAAAUAGAUGAAUGAUUGAGAAACUGUUCACUACUACCUUUACUGUAAAACCCGGAAGUAAAAUAUGAUCACAAAGAUUUUGUUGUUUACAGCAGUUUUAGUGGUUGUCAUUGCACUUUUAUUGACUACUGACUUAUGUGAACCAUUAAUUGACUUCAUACUCGCCUCGUUAUCUUUUACUUCCUCUGCAACAUCGUCUAAUAUCCGACUUUUCACAAAAGACGAACUGUCCAAAUUUACCGGCAAAGAGGAGUCAGGGGUAUACUUGGCAAUACUGGGCGAUGUAUUCGAUGUAACUAAGGGCAAGAAACAUUAUGGAGAAGGUGGAGGAUAUCAUUUCUUCACAGGGAAGGAUGGAACUAGGGCAUAUGUUUCAGGAGACUUUACUGAGAAAGGUCUUAUAGAAGACACAGAAGGAUUAUCUCAUGCAGAUUACCUAGGAUUAGAAGAAUGGAAUGAAUUCUACAAGAGACAGUACAAACAUAUAGGCAGGUUGAUUGGACAUUAUUACAACGAUAAAGGGCAACCAACAGAAGCGUUAAAACAGUUCAAUUUGAAACUGCAAGAAGCAAAAAGAGCCAAGUUAUCUGAUGAGGAUGACAAGAAACGGUUCCCAACUUGUAACUUCGAAUAUAAACAAGGAUGGGGUCGUAGGACAUGGUGUUCAACAAUGAGUGGAGGCGUCAAGAGAGAUUGGGCAGGUUUACCCAGACGAUAUUUCCAACCAGGCAAAACUGAGCCACGAUGCGCAUGCGUAAAAAAUACGGGCCCGCCGUCAGGAUCUGAUUCCAGUGCUGAUCAUAACAACAAAGGGGACCUGGACAAUCCUUUAAUGAAAACGUAUGACGGCUGUGAUGAAAACUCAUUCGAGUGUUUUUUCAAAGAGUGAACGUAAAUGGAAAUUUUGCUGUAAAAAGUUAGUUUUGAAAUGAUAAGUUUUGUUUUACUUUUUAUGUAAGAAGUUUCAAAAUCUGAAGUAAUAGUCAGGUGGAAAAAUGGAGAAUGAGUUUAGAUUUGAUAACAUGGACGAUUUUAUUGUUUGGAGAGAUGUUAGGGUACAAAGUCAAAAUAAGCAACAAACACAUGCAAGUAUUGAAUACCGUUUACUUACAUAUAAUGUAUGCACUGUUUUUUUAGUUAAUACACAUGGUAAUUUUGUUUGCCAAAAUAUUGUGUUAUAAUGAACAGCUUUUAGCCUAUUUCAAUGAAAAUGUUGUGAUGGUGAAAAUAGAAAAGUGAAUCAAUUUUAUAUAGUCGCUUGUUCAGAGAUAGCAGAAUGUUCUGUACUAGUUGUUUUGUUGAUAAUGCAAGAGGAAGCGUUCGCAUCGAAAGAGAAAUGAAAUUUAUAUUUUUAUAAUUUUGUACAUCAUUUAGAUUAUAGCUUUACGAAAACGAUGCCGUUUAUAUUUUUCACGAUGUGUUAAAACUAGAUCUUCGGUGGACGCGCAUGCUCCCUAAAGUGUUUACAACACUCGCAAAUGAAGAUCUAAGUCUUACAUGUAGUUGUAAUACAGCUGUUCAGGGUUGGGCUGCUUGCUCGUUUGAAAUUGUUCUUGAAACCUAACCCUUUACUCUUAUAUCUGGUUUUUGCCUUUAAGAUAAUUUUUGUGUGCGACUCCUAUCAACUGCAUUUAGGGUUGUUAUCAUGCUAUUCAAACCCUUUGUUGUUUAAUUCCUUUUAACAAGUAUACUAUAUAUUUCAAAGAACAAUAAAUGACCACUAAAUUCUUUGAGUUAAGGCAUAUUUUUGUGCGUGCAAGUAGAUACAAUGUAUUACGUAAAUGUUUUUUAUCACAUGUUUGACGUCGCGGGAGUGUAAUAAAGCCAUUGCAUAAAAAUGGUAAUACACUAUAGUGUAAUAAAGCUUUGACGUCGUCGUCGUUUAUAGUAUAUGAGACGUUGGUCAAAUUGACCUGUUUAUAUUAUAGUUAAAGAAAGUAGAAUUUUUAUGUUUCGACAGGAAAAGCUAACAUGUGAUAAAAAGAAUAUUACAUUUGUGACUUUCCACAUUGAAUUUAUUAAACUCGUUGAAUAAAAUUGAUAAAAUGCUC